AAGGGGAGUCAGAGCGAAGAACCGACUAGAAUGCUCGCGCUUUAUACCUUGCGCGCAUAAACUCAUAGACAACAUUUGAUCUGUGGGAAAUAUUACGAGAGUACAAUGUUUCAGAAAAGCGGAAACAAAACGGGAAAGUCUCGGUGAAAGUGAGAAUUUGGGAUAUGAAGUUUCAAGCCGCAAUUUAUAGCCUAAGUAUCCUGAAUGUAAGGCUCAUUACCAUUUCAGUUGGAGCGACGGUUUUGGAGGAAGCCCUAUUGAUAUCAUCAUAAUUCUUUCUUCCGGAAUUGAUCACAAUAAACCCUUGAGAUGGAGAGUCGGAUUUUGUUUACUUGCAUACUGGUUGGAAUAUUCCUUCGGAAAUCCUGUGGUCAAAACUCAGCAACUGAAGCCGUGUUGAACUGCUGUGAGGGCGACGUCCUCUUCCUAUUGGACUCCUCGGGCAGCGUCUCGUCCUAUGAGUACUCCCGCAUGCUGGUCUUCCUGUCCGAGCUCCUCCUCCCCUUCUCAUUGGGCGAGGACCAGGUGAGGGUGGGCCUACUGCAGGUGGGCACCCAACCCCGCCUUGAGUUUGGCUUUGAUGUCCACAAUACCCAAACUGGCCUCCAGGGGGCACUGGGGAACACCAAGCCUCUGAGGGGCAACACCAAUACAGAGGAGGCCCUCAGGAUGGCCAAGGACUGGGUGCUGAAGCCUGGAGGGGCCGGGGGAGCCAGGGCAGAGCUACCCAGGGUUCUAGUGUGGCUGACGGACGGGGUGAAGCCGGGCGAUGUGAUUGGACCAAUGGAGGAGCUGAGAGCGGAGGGCGUGGCCGUUCUGGUGAUCUCCACGGGCCACGGGAACUACCAGGUGCUGCGGCAGGUGGUCACCCCGCCUGUGGAGUCACACCUGUACUUUGUGGACAUCGACGAUAUGAGUAUCAUCACCGAGGACCUGAGGGAUGCCAUUAUUGAGAUCCUCUGGGCUGACCGGCUCCAGGUGCGAGAUGUGUCCACAGACAGCGCUGUGCUGCAGUGGCGACCGGUUCUGGCCGGUUUGACCGGUUAUUAUGAGAUCCAGUUUGGACCGGCUCCCAGUGGGGGAGUGGUUGGAGGAGGAGCAAAGGGGCCUGGUACCAGCCCCAGUACCAGCGGUGGUCAGUACCAGAGACUCACCCGGCCAGGGGACUCCAGCACGGCCAGGCUGACGGGCCUGAAGCCAGACACCACAUACACAGCCACACUGACUCCUGAGUCCAACCUGCAGGUGCUCAACCCCCGCUCCGUCACCUUCACCACUAAGCCAGAGGUGUUGAGCCCAGCCAUGGUGACGGUGUCUGACUCAGGGACCAACAGUGUGAGGGUGAGCUGGGGUCCUCUGCAGCCGGAGUCUGUCCAGAGCUUCCAGGUGGAGUACUCAGCCCUGCCGGGGGGGAAGCUCCACACAGCUACUGUGGGCCUAGGGCAGAACUCCACCAUGCUGACCAACCUCCAGCCAGACACCCAGUACCUGGUCACCGUGAGCGCCCGUCACUCCUACGGCCGGGAGAGGGCCAUGUCUGUCAAAGUGUGCACUGAGGAGGUGAGGCCGGCUCUUGCAGACCUGCAGCUGACCACGGUGGGCAGUGACUCUGUUCAGGUGGACUGGAAAGCCAGCGUGGACGGCCUCAGGGGCUACUGGAUCACCUGGGAGGGACAGGGCGGCCACGGCUCUACCACCGCUCAGCGCUCCUCCUUCUACCUGCCCCCCAACUUACUGUCCACGCGCCUGACACACCUGCCCCCCGCCACCAGAGUGUGUGUGUCGCCUGUCUACCGGACGACACGCGGGGAGGGCCUCUGCUGCACGGCCCAGUUUCAUUCAGACGCAUCGGCUUGGGGCCACAGAUCAUAACAUUGCUGAGUUUAACAGGCACUAUACUAUGGCAAGGAUGGAGGGAGGAAGGAGAAGAAGAGAUACAAGAACAAUACAUCUGAACUUGCAUCCCUCUCUUAGCUCAUUCUAUCCUCUCUGGACAUCAUCCACAAUACACAAGGCCUUUGGCUUACAAAGCACUUAUGUUUAAUAGAUACUGACACAAUAGAUACAGUGGGGAAAAAAAGUAUUUAGUCAGCCACCAACUGU